AUGGCGCGUUUCGCUAUCACCAAGCCUUUCCUUCUCUCUUCUUCAACCAUUUCUCUCUUUCCUCACAACACUAAGCCUUUUCCCUCCCCAUCUUUCUCCAAUUCCUCCGUCUUCGGGCGGAAAUUCCACGCGCUUUGUACUGGCCGGUUUCGGUCCGGUUCACAGGCCAAACCGGCCUGUGGCCAGGUCUACCCUGAAAUCUCGAAUGUAGCAGAACUGCUUCGACUGAAUGCGCCGAUGUUGAUGAAGUCGGCCUUUAAUGGUUUGAAUGAUUCAAAGUACAAAACAAGAGACACUUCUAUAAAAGACUUGGGUGGUUUCGAAGGUAUUGAGUUGUCUAUACUCCUUUGUAAUGAUGAUUUUAUUCGUAAGCUUAACAAAGAAUGGAGGGACGAGGACUAUUCUACUGAUGUUCUCUCCAUGUCACAGCAUGUUCCUGAACUAGAACUUCCAGUUCUCAUGUUAGGUGACAUUGUAAUUUCAGUUGAAACGGCUGCAAGACAAGCUGAGGAAAGAGGGCAUUCACUUCUUGAUGAAAUACGCAUCCUCAUGGUUCAUGGGCUGUUACAUCUUUUGGGUUUUGAUCAUGAGAUUAGUGAGCAGGCCGAAGCAGAAAUGGAGGAGGAGGAAGAAUCUCUUUUGAAGAGUCUUGGGUGGAAGGGAAAAGGAUUGAUACAGAGUGCAUAUGAUUCUGAAACUAAUGCAAAUCUUCAUAUCGAGCAGUCGGAUGGUACAUUUUUGAACAGUAAAAGUCAAAUUUCAUUUACAAAUGCUAAAGCAUUGAAGGAGGCAUUGUCAAGGGGUGUAAAGGUGGUGAUAGCCACUGGAAAAACUCGUCCAGCUAUGAUAAAUGUUUUGAAGAAGGCCGACUUAACAUAG